AUGCCCGGGUCCCCUCCCGGAUGCCCGGGUCCCCGACGUGUCCCUGUCCCCGUGCCCCCCCCCACCCCCCCUCACCGGGGGUGUCCCCGACGUGGCUUUGACGUCGUCACCUCCACAGGUCACCGGGGGACGGUGGCAGCGGAUGAGUCAGUGCCGUGUGGGACCCCCGUGCGCACGCGGGUGGUGGGGGGCGUGGGGGCGCGAGCCGGGCAGUGGCCCUGGCAGGCCAGCAUCGCCUUCCGGGGCCGCCACGUCUGCGGGGGGUCCCUCAUCGCCCCCGCCUGGGUCCUCACCGCCGCCCACUGCUUCCCCUCGGAGAACCCCCUCUCUGAGUACCAGGUGACGCUGGGGGUCCUGCAGCUCCUGUCCCCCCCCGCCGACGCCCAGGUGAGGCGGGUGGCCGCCGUCACCCGCCACCCCGCCUACCGCGAGGGGGACGCCAUCGAGGGGGACGGGGACAUCGCCGGGGACCUGGCGCUGGCCCGGCUGGACCCCCCCAUCACCCCCACCCGCCUGGUGCGCCCCAUCUGCCUGCCCGGCCCCGCCGUCCGCUUCCCCCCCGGCACCAACUGCACCGUCACCGGCUGGGGGGACAUCCGCACCGCCGGUCCCCUGCCGCCCCCCAAGACGCUGCAGCAGCUGGAGGUGCCGCUCCUCAGCCACCGGCGCUGCCGCUGCCUCUACGCGGGGACAGGGGACACGGCGGGGACAGGGGACACGGCCGCCUUGGGGACACCCGCCGGGGACACCCUCUGCGCCGGCUUCCCCCAGGGACAGCGCGACGCCUGCCAGGGUGACUCGGGCGGUCCCCUCUCCUGCCGGGUGGGUGACACCUGGCUGCUGGCGGGGGUGGUGAGCUGGGGGGAGGCCUGCGGGCUGCCCGGCCGCCCCGGCGUCUACACCCGCGCCGCCGCCCACGCCGCCUGGAUCGCCGCCACCGUCCCCGAGGCCCCCCUGCGGCACCCCGACCUGGCCCCCGCCCCCGAGGACGAGGGACCCUGCGAGGACGAGGACGGUGACAACAACGGGCACCCGGUCACCUGGUCCCGACCGCUGCCACCCGACCACGGCCACAACGGCGCCCACCCGGCCGCUCGCCCCGGCCACCUCCUGCUGCUGCUGCUGCUGCUGCUGCCCCUCGGCCUGCGCUGAGGGGGGCGCGGGCACCCCCAGGGGCGGCUGGGGGCACCCCGAAGUGACUCGCGGCACCCCCAGUUGGCACCCAAAAGUGACUCGGGGCACCCCACGGUGGGGCAUCGCACCCAAAAGUGACUCGUGGCACCCCAAGGUGGGGCAUGGCCCCCAGAAGCGACUCGUGGGACCCCAAGUUGGCACCCAGAAGUGACUCAUGGCACCCAAGGUGGGGCACGGCACCCAAAAGUGACUCACAGGACCCCCACUUGGCACCCAAAAGUGACUCAUGGCACCCCAAGUUGGCACCCCAAGGUGGGGCACGGCACCCAGAAGUGACUCGCGGGACCCCAAGUUGGCACCCAAAAGUGACUCGUGGCACCCCAAGGUGGGGCACGGCACCCAAAAGUGACUCAUGGCACCCCAAGUUGGCACCCAAGAUGGGUGAUGGCACCCAAAAGUGACUCGCGGGACCCCAAGUUGGCACCCAAAAGUGACUCGGGGCACCCCACGGUGGGGCAUCGCACCCAAAAGUGACUCGUGGCACCCCAAGGUGGGGCAUCGCACCCAAAAGUGACUCGUGGGACCCCAAGUUGGCACCCAAAAGUGACUCGUGGCACCCCAAGGUGGGUCACGGCACCCAAAAGUGACUCACAGGACCCCCACUUGGUACCCAAAAGUGACUCAUGGCACCCCCAGUUGGCACCCAAGGUGGGGCACGGCACCCAGAAGUGACUUGCGGGACCCCGAGUUGGCACCCAAAAGUGACUCGUGGCACCCCAAGAUGGGUCACGGCACCCAAAAGUGACUCACAGCACCCCCAAUUGGCACCCAAAAGUGACUCGCGGGACCCCAAGUUGGCACCCAAAAGUGACUCGUGGCACCCCAAGGUGGGGCAUCGCACCCAAAAGUGACUCGCGGGACCCCCAGUUGGCACCCAAAAGUGACUCGUGGCACCCAAGAUGGGUGAUGGCACCCAAAAGUGACUUGCGGGACCCCAAGUUGGCACCCAGAAGUGACUCGUGGCACCCCAAGUGGGGCAUGGCACCCAAAAGUGAC